GUGAUAGCAAAAAAGAACCCGCUCCACCUUGUCAAAGGCUAAUUUCAAUACAUAUUUGUGUUUACCCCCCUUUUUUUUUUUUUUAUUAUAUAUGCUGCAACAUUUAAGAGAAAAAAAAAAAUUAACUCCCCUUGUAGCAUCUACGUUAUAAUAUGUACGUACAUGCGUAUAAUAAUGCGUACCGUACGAUAUAUUAUUUCUGUGCCACAUUUUAAAAAAAAUCUAUGCUAGUUUUUCCCCAUUUUUGAGUUUUCCCUGUUUUAUUUUGCGUUCCUUGGAAGGGCAGCAUACUGGCGUAACCCUAGGUAGAUGCAGUUUAGAGAUGCAAAAUGUUUAAUGCAAAUUUGUAAGAAUAGGCAUUUGUGUGAAUAUAUUCUUAACAGGAGAGAUUUCAAUCAAGGGGCGGCAGAGAAGCCAAGAGAAGAGGAAGCGGAAGAAGUGUGACUGCGGAGUUGGCAUACGCAAAAAGAAGAGUAGCUAAAGAGUGGCUCAAAAUAUAGCAGACUAAGGCGGAGGAAGAUUGCUAAUCGCAAAGGAAAACUCCCCUAACGGAAGGGCAAAGGCAAACGCCCCACAAGUUCAGAGGCGAACGGACGCACGAACACUUCCCUGUGAGCGGAUAUGUUUUCAUUCGGCCUCAUAAAAAAAAAAAAGGAGGAGGACCAAUCCGUCGAGGAAAAACCAGAUGAGGAGAACAAAAACCCCGAAGUGGAGAAGAAUGACAACAAAGAACCCACCGACGAGGAUAAAGCGAAGGAAGAAGCGGACAAUGAGGAAAAACCGGUAGAUAGUAAAGCCAAAAAUAAGAGGACAAGAAAAACGGUUAGGAAAACGAAGAAGGGGCAGAAGGAAGAGGAGGAAGAGGAGGAAGAGAAGGAGGAGAAGGAAGAAAAAGAAGAGAAGGAGGAGAAGCAGGAGAAGGAGGAGAAGGACGAAAAGAAGGAGGAGGAAGAUAAGAAGGAGGAGGAAGAUAAGAAAGGCAAAAAGGGCAAGAAGGAGCCGAAGGGUAAAAAGGGCGGCGCGAGGAAGGGCAAAAAGGCGGCCGCAGACGAGAAGGAAGAGAACGACAAGAAGGACGAGGCGAACGAAGCGAACGAAGCGAAUGAGGUAGACCAAGCAAACGAAGCGCGCGAGGCGAACGACGAAGCGGAGAAGGAAAAGCAGGAGCGGAAGAAGGAACUAAAGAUUGAGGAAGAGUUGAAGGAUAAGGACGCCAAGGCAAGCGCGCUAACGCUGGAAAUUUUGGGAGAUAUCCCAGAUGCUGAUUUGAAGCCCCCAGAAAAUGUUCUCUUCGUUUGUAAGCUCAAUCCCGUGACGGAAGAAGAAGAUUUAAAAACCAUUUUCGCCAGAUUCGGACCGAUAACAUCGUGUAACAUUGUAAAGGAUAAGGUAACGAACAACUCCCUCCAGUACGCCUUUAUUGAGUUUGAAAAAAAAGAAGACUGCCUGAAUGCCUACUUCGAAAUGGAUAACGUCAUCAUUGACGAUAGGAGGAUACACGUGGACUUCUGCCAGUCGUUGGCGAAAUAUAAGGGGGAGAUAAAAAACUGGAAAAUCGAAAAUGAGGCCGUCCUGGAAAACAUUAAAAGGAGGAAGUUGGACCAAGAGGACACCAAAAGGAAGAGGGGCGGCAACGCAACUGCUAGCGGGGGUGCCAACGGAGCAGCCAACGGAGCAGCCAACGCAACCGCCAACGAAGAGGAAGAAGACAGCAUUCGGGUCUUCAAAUACGAAAGUGACAACAACACAAAGGAUUACGAAAAUAACUCCAACAAGGAGGAAAAAAAAGAGGACCCGAAUGACAGCGGCAACAACGCUGCUGGAGGCGGCAAAUACGACUACAGUAGCGGCAAAAGAUACAACCCCUCCAAGUACUACAAAGACAGUUACAAUAACUAUUCCAGUCAGUACCCCUACAGAAGGUACCCGUACAAAUACAGAUAUAACAACAGUUAUAAUACCCCCUAUGGGAAGAGCUUUUUCUAUCGAAAAAAUUAUAACAGCAGUUACUACGAUAAGUAUAGCUACUACGGUAGAGUGAGAAAGAACAGCAUGUUCAACAAACGGAAUUAUUCUCCCAGAGAUGGUGUAGGCCACCGAAAUGAGGACUACAGCAGUCGGUACAGAAGACAACGUAGUUACUCCUCGGACAAUUCGCAGAAAAAGAGACUAGAUAAGAGAGAUUCUAGAAAAAGUGAAAAUAGGAAAUAUGGCAGUAAAUCGAUGGAAAAAUCUCCCAAAGGAGGCGAACAUGAUGAGUACCACUACCCAAGGGAUGGAGGAUACUCAAAUGAUAACAAUGCAGAUGAUGCUCUGCUAAAAAGCGGAAGAAGAAUGAAAGAUAGAGGUGCCGCUACAUCGGGACCAGGUGAACAUAGCCAUUAUAACAAAUACGAUUACGAAAGGGGAGCUGCCGAUGAUGAGCGGCAUUCCAGCUAUAACUACAAAAUGCAAAGAAAAACAAAUAGACCACCUUCCUAUUCUGUGCGGACGGACGAUAAGGAUGAAAACAAGGGGUACUUCAAACGUGAUGGGUAUAACAAUGACUACUACAGUGACAAAAAAAGAAAAUACGGACAGUACGAUGGGGCACCCGGGGAUUAUGAAAAACGAGGGGACGACGAUUACGCCUAUAAUAAUGGCUACUACAAAAGCUCCUACAAUAAAAGGCUGAAAGGCUACCCAGGCGCCGACGACGAUGAGAGGUAUAAGAAGGCCUACCCCAAGUACCCCAACAGGUAUGACAAAAAUUUCUACCCAAAGUAUGAGCGGAGGGAUUUUUACGACCAGGAUAGGAAGCCCUACGAUGAGGAUAAGAAGUACUACGAUGCGGAUAGGAAGCCCUACGAUGCGGAUAGGAAGCCCUACGAUGGGGAUAAGUACCACGACGCGGAUAAGAAAUACUACGAGGGGGACAAAAAGUCGAGUAAAUACAAAAACGAUGAGUACCGAAAGUACGACAGAAGCGCCUCUUACGAUUACAAGGGAGACAAGAAAAAAUAUGGCGACAAAAACGAGGACUACUAUAGCAAGGCAAAGUAUAGCAAGCACGACUCGUACGACCGGGAUGAUGGUAAGAGGUACAAUAAGGACAGCAAAGCUUAUGGCAGCAGCUACAAGGAAGAGAAGAGCUACGGCAAGUAUAAGGAUAAGGCGUACGACCGCGAGGAUGACGAGGAGGCGCAGAAGAGCUCCAAGUAUUACAGCAAGAAGGAGGACAAGAAGUGGUACGACAAGCGGGAUGACAAGCGGGAUGACAAGCGGGAUGAUAAGCGAGAUGACAGGCGGGAUGACAAACGGGAUGACAAACGGGAUGACAAGCGGUACGACCGGCGGGAUGACAAAAACUACUACAAAGACACCAAAACGAGGCAAAAGGAGGACUACAAAUAUGAUGACCUCGAUAAGGGAAAAAGAGACAAAUCGUAUGAUCGAAAAAACAAAGGGGAUGACAGCAGGGAUCGUGCCAAUGACAAAAAAAGUUACAACUACAAAAGUAAGAAGGGAAAAUAUGGGGACGCAAAAAAAGAUGAUGAUUAUAACACCUCUCCUAAUACAAAGCGAGACAAAAAAAAUAAGGACAACAAAAAAAGAAGAUCCAAAUCGUACUCCGAUGUAAGUCAUAACAGUUCUGCUAAAUAUGCGUCCAAAAGUAAAAAGCAGAAGAAGGAAAAAUACUCGUUAAAGGAUAAAAAAAAGGACAAGAAGAAGAAAAAUUAUGACGAUGAUGACUACGAAAAGUAUAAUAACUCGGUUAGCAAUUCGAAAGAUUCCUAUUCAAACAAGAAGGACGAUAAGAACAACUCCUACGCCGCCAAGUCUGAAUCUGCUAAUUCGGCUUACACAUGA